CUUUAUGACUCAAUUUGCUUUGAUAAUUAAAAUUCAAAUAUAACAAUCCAGUUAAUCUCCUGGAAGACAUUAUGAGUGGUUUAUCAUUUUUUAAGUCAACAAAAGGCAAAGUUGUUCUCGCCACGGUAGCCGCUUUACAUUUGACGAUAUAUUUCGCUAAGCCUUCGAUUUUCAAGGGCGACGUUGAAAACACAUCAAAUGCGACGCCUCCUAAGUAUUUGCCAGAGAACUGAUUGACCUUUUUGUCAUUGAAAAGAAAUCCGGGAAGUUAAAUAGCUACUAUUGUUUGUUGACGCUUGUUUCGUGACUGAUGAUUUAUAAAGAUAGUGCUCUUGUAGUCAGUUUAGUUCGUCGUCGUAUGUUCGACAACGUGGUCAACAUGAGCAGCAGUGCAGCGAGAUCUCGAGUAUACAUCACUCGCUCUGAUAUGCCAGAGUGCGGUGUCAAUCUUUUGAAGAAGGAGUGUGAUGUUAAGGUUUGGGACAAGGCAACACCCAUACCUCAUGCAGAACUCCUUAAAGCUGUUGUUGGUGUCAACGGCAUUUACUGUUCCCUUAGUGACAAAAUUGACAAGGAAGUCCUGGAUGCAGCAGGACCAGAUCUUAAAGUGAUUGGGACCAUAUCUGUGGGCUACGAUCAUAUUGAUGUGCAAGAAUGCACAAAAAGGAGAAUCCGGAUUGGAUACACUCCUGAUGUUUUAACUGCAGCCACUGCAGAACUAACGGUGGCCCUUUUAUUAUGCACCUCACGACGCCUUCCGGAAGCUAUGCAUGAAGCCAGGACAGGCGGCUGGGUAUCCUGGGCCCCAACCUGGAUGACAGGACCUGGACUAGCAGAUGCAACUGUUGGCAUUGUUGGGUUCGGCAGAAUUGGCCAGGCUGUAGCACGAAGAGUCAAAGCUUUUGAUACUGCUCGAAUAUUAUACAAUAACCGCAGUGAAAAACCAGAAGCUAAGGAAACUGGAGCAGUCAAAGUGUCUUUCGACGAACUUUUAGCGCAGAGUGACUUUGUAAUUUGCUGUGCUGCUUUAGUCCCAGAAACGAAAGAGCUUUUCAACAAACAAGCAUUUGAGAAAAUGAAACGUACAGCUAUUUUCAUUAACACCAGUCGUGGAGGAACAGUUGAUCAGAAUGCUUUGAUAGAAGCAUUGCAAAAUAACACUAUCAGAGCAGCUGGUUUGGAUGUUACAACUCCAGAACCUCUGCCUUUGGACAGCCCAUUGUUCAAGCUGAAAAAUUGUAUCAUCUUACCACAUAUUGGUAGUGCCACAAUAGAAGCAAGAAACCUCAUGAGUGAAUUAACUGCGAAAAAUAUAUUAGGCGCACUGAACAACAUGGAAAUGCCAGCAGAGCUAAAGUGACGCUUAUAGAAAAAGUUAGUUUUUAAGCUACAAUGUCAUUAUUUGAUUUUAAAUCAGGACUUAUUUUAAAAUAUGAUGUAUUUAAUAAAUAAUAAAAACAUGUUUUAUUUACGUCAUCUAUGUUUCGGACUUGUAGCAACGUCCAUGGCCAUUCAGUCCCUUCGAGACCCCAUGGUCUCGAAAGACUGAAUGACAAUAGACAUGUCCAUACAUUACAACGCGUCUGAAAUGUAAAGGAAAAUAAAAUGUUUAUACACAAUUAAGUCCUGAUUUAAAAUCAAAUAAUGUGUGAAAAUCAUGAAAGUUCAAAUCAAUGACAAUGUCAUUAUUUAUUGAAAUAUUAUUUAUUUUAUGA